UUCAUUACUGCCGGUGUACACAAUUUCACACUAGAUUGGUUAGGAAAGACAGGAGACCCGGGAGGUUAGAACGUUGUCCUGUAGUAGAUUUCACCGAGUGGUCACUGUCCCAGGAGGGCAAGAAAGGUCUAAGUAGGAUCACGUUUGCUUGAGGGGAAGCGACGUCCGUGUUACUGCUGAUGCAGUGAAAGCGCAGGGUACCGGCUUUGUUUCUCGUGUUUCUUAGUCUGGGAGAGGGAAUGCGGAUGGGACCUCCUCAGCUUUACUUGAGCUUGUGAAUGGAAAGCUCCCGCAAACUGGACCACAGCUCCUUCUUCCAGUACGCAAGCUGUUGUAGUGUAAUUCACUGAUAACUGCAACGGGGGUCAUUUUGACUUGCACUUUUGGAAAUGGAUAACUUCUUCGUUGAGGGUGCCCAGGUGUGGGUGAAAGAGAAGGAGUUGCUUCACCCAUCCACUGUAAGCUCCUGUUCCAGCGGCUCUUUGGUCCUCAGAACUGACUAUGGAGAGGUGUUCUGUCUGGAGCUUGGCAAAGUGUCGAGAGAGAAAGUGUUUCCCAUGCACAAGACCAGUGUGGAUGGGGUGGAGGACAUGUCCACAUUGGCUGAACUUCAUGAGGCUGCCAUCAUGUACAACCUUUACCUGCGCUACCAACAGGACAACAUCUAUACCAACAUUGGCUCCAUUCUGGCAGCAGUGAAUCCCUACAAGCAGAUUUCUGGCCUGUAUGAUUCCUCUGCUGUUGACCUCUACAGCCGGCACCACCUGGGCGAGCUGCCUCCUCAUAUCUUUGCUGUGGCCAAUGAGUGCUACCGCUGCCUGUGGAAGAGACACGACAGCCAGUGUGUGCUCAUCAGUGGGGAGAGUGGAGCUGGGAAGACUGAGAGCACAAAGCUGCUGCUAAUGUUCCUGUCUGUGAUGAGCCAGAACUCUGCAGGGACCCCAGCCUCGGAGAAGACCACCCGUGUGGAACAGGCUAUCAUCCAGAGCAGUCCCAUAAUGGAAGCCUUCGGAAAUGCCAAGACGGUUUACAACAACAAUUCGAGCCGCUUUGGCAAAUUCAUCCAGCUUCACUUUUCUGAGAAUGGGAAUAUCCAGGGAGGAUGUAUCGUCGACUAUUUGCUUGAAAAGAACCGUGUGGUGCGACAGAACCCAGGAGAGAGAAACUAUCAUGUAUUUUACGCACUACUGGCAGGAGCUGAUGAAGAGCACAGAGAGCUAUAUUUCCUGACUGAGCCUGAAUCCUAUCAUUACCUAAGCCAAUCAGGGUGUGUGCAGGACAAAAGCCUGGAUGACAAAAGGCUAUUCAACAGUGUCAUGGAAGCUCUUAAAGUGAUGGAGUUCAGUGAAGAGGAGAUCCGGGACAUGUUUAAGCUGCUCUCUGGGGUCCUGCAGAUGGGCAACAUUGAGUUCAUGACAGCUGGAGGGGCUCAGAUUACCACCAAAGGAGUGAUCAGCAAUGUGAGCGAGUUGCUGGGCCUGGACUCCUUCCAGUUGUCUGAGGUGCUGACCCAAAGGUCCAUGAUCCUGCGAGGGGAAGAGAUUUGUUCUCCUCUCACAGUGGAGCAGGCAGAGGACUCCCGAGACUCCAUGGCCAUGGCCCUCUACUCCCAGUGCUUCUCCUGGAUCAUCAUGAAGAUCAACCACAAAAUCAAAGGGAAGGACGACUUCAAGUCCAUAGGGAUCCUGGAUAUCUUUGGAUUUGAGAACUUUGAGGUUAACCGAUUUGAACAGUUCAGCAUCAACUAUGCCAAUGAGAAACUGCAGGAGUAUUUUAACAAGCACAUCUUCUCCUUGGAGCAGCUGGAGUACAACAGGGAAGGAAUCCACUGGGAGGCCAUUGACUGGAUGGAUAAUGCAGAGUGCCUUGAUCUCAUUGAAAAGAAACUGGGUAUGCUGGCCCUGAUAAACGAGGAGAGCAGAUUCCCCAAAGGCACAGACUACACAUUACUGGAGAAGCUCCACAGUCGGCAUGCUAUUAACCCUUACUACGUCAAACCCAGGGUGGCAGAUCACCAGUUUGGUAUCAAGCACUAUGCUGGAGAGGUCCUGUAUGACGUGCGAGGGAUUUUGGAGAAAAAUAGGGACACAUUCAGAGAUGAUAUCUUGAACAUGCUGAAAGACAGCAGGCUGGAUUUCAUUUACGACCUAUUUGAGCGAGUAGCCAGCAGGAAUAGUGAGGAGACACUGAAGAUGGGCACUGCCAGGCGUAAACCCACUGUCAGCUCCCAGUUCAGGGACUCCCUUCACUCUUUAAUGGCCACACUGAGUGCUUCCAAUCCCUUCUUUGUUCGCUGCAUCAAACCCAACAUGGAGAAGACUCCCAAUAAAUUCAACCCAGAAGUAGUUCUGAACCAACUGCGCUAUUCUGGUAUGCUGGAAACUGUGAAGAUUCGGCGAGCAGGAUUUCCUGUUCGCAGGCAGUUCAAGGAUUUCUACAGCAGAUACAAAAUGCUGCUGAAGGAAAAGAACGCUACUGGGGAUGAGAAGUGCAAAUGCUUGGACCUGUUAAACUCUCGUGAUGUCACUAAAAUGGAGUGGCAGCUGGGAAAGACAAAGGUGUUCCUGAAGGAAGCGCUGGAGCAGAGGCUGGAGAAGGAGCGGGAGGCAGUCCGGAGACAGGCUGGCGCGGUGAUCCGAGCCCAUAUUCUGAGCUAUGUGGCAAGGAAGCACUACAAGAAGGUCCUGGCCAGCAUCAUCACCAUCCAGAAGAACUAUCGGUCCCAUUUCUGGAGGCGCAUGUUUCUGCGGCUGCAGGCGGCUGCUCUGGUGUUUCAGAAGCAUUGGCGUGGCCAGCUGGCCCGCUCUCUGUACCGACAGCUCCUCGAGGAGAAGCGCAGACGAGAGGAGGAGGAGAGGAGGAAGAGAGAGGAGGAGGAGGAGAGGAGACGAAAAGAGGAAGAAGCCGCUGCAGAGCGGAAGAGACUGGAAGAGGAGGAGCUAAAGAGGAAAGAGGAAGAGGAAGCAAUCCGCAGGCGACAGGAAGAGGAGGAGCUGAAGGCUCGGCAGGAAGAGGAGGAGCUGAAGGCUCGGCAGGAAGAGGAGGAGUUACAGCGAAGAAGCGUGACGGAUGUGAGCGUGCAGAAACAGGAAGAAAGACAGAGCAGAGAGAUGGAAACACUGGAAGUAGAGUUUCUUUCUCCAAAGAAGGAGCAGGCAGCUCCUCGGACUCCGAGCCCGCAGGUCCUGGAGGAGGAGAGUCGUCAGAUGGAGGAGAUCCUGCGCCUGGAGCGGGAGAUCGAGCGGCUUCAAAAGCAGCGGGAGGAUGGCGUGUCGCUGCUGUGUGAGACCUCGCGGACCGAGCUGCAGCUGCGCCGCGAGGCCGAGAUCCGCCGUCUGGAGAAAGAGGCCUCGCGGGUGGCCCAGGAGUUCCUGGAGCUGCUGGAUUUUGGGGGCCUGGAGCACUCUCUUUCCAGCGAGGAGAAUCUCAACGAGCCCUCGGAGACCACCACUGCCCCCCUAGCAGAGGAGGAGGUGGAUGAGGGCUUCCACGCUGAAGACGAGACCAACCUUCUCCCUGGCACCGAGGAGGACAUCUUUGCCAACCUCCCUCCCCCUCCGCCAGAUCUUAUUGCCCCCGAAAUAGUGGAGGAAGCUCCCCCAGUUCCUCAGGAAGCACUAAGCACCUCCGAAUCUUGUCCCCUUCCCCCUCCUUGUCUUCCUCCCCCUCCCGCUGUCACAGAGGAUGAUGGCGAUGACUACCAAAGCAUUGACCAAGCCAUUCCCGAGAGCCUGGCUGACUCGGAGGAGCCCAUCUACAAUGUUCCCCCAGACCUGGAGUCUGACUAUGAUCAUGACGAGUUUGAGGAGGCCUUGGCCAGCUCCGGAGAUGCAGGCAGCACCAAUGAUGGACACUUAACAGAUGAGGAGGUCCUACGCAAAUCCACCUGCACUUAUAACAGCCUGGACUCAUAUCGGGGCAGCUCAGAUUCAUUCAUUGACAGCGAUGAUGACAAUGAUGGCUACAUUGACACAGAUGAGGAAAUCUCUAAUGGCAGACUGAGCCUCUUCAAUGGGUCAGGCCCUCCAUAUUUCCACAGCUACCUCUACAUGAAGGGCGGUCUGAUGAUCCCAUGGCGACGGCGCUGGUGUGUGCUGAAGGAUGAGACCUUCAUGUGGUUUAGAGCCAAGCAGGAGUCCCUGAAGUCUGGUUGGCUGUACAAAAAGGGUGGGGGCCUGUCCACACUCUCCCGCCGCAACUGGAAGAUGCGUUGGUUUGUUCUGCGGGAAUCCAAGCUCAUGUACUUUGAGAACGACAGUGAAGAGAAGCUUAAGGGCACCAUUGACAUCAGGGCAGCCAAAGAGAUUGUCGAUAACCACGAGAAGGAGAAUGCCUUGGAUAUUGUGACAGAGGAAAGGACCUAUCAUAUUGUGGCUGAGUCACCAGAGGAUGCCAGUGGCUGGUUCAACGUGCUGAGUCGGGUUCACAGUGCCACUACAGAGCAGCUGCUGGAGAUGCAGGAUGAGCAGGCUAACCCCAAAAAUGCUGUGGGGACUCUCGAUGUCGGACUGAUCGACUCCGUUUGUGCCUCAGACAAUCCUGACAGGCCCAACUCUUUUGUGAUCAUCACAGCAAACCGAGUAAUCCACUGCAACACAGACACUCCUGAAGAGAUGCAUCAUUGGAUCAGCCUGCUUCAGAAACCUAAGGGAGACUCCAAAAUUGAUGGGCAGGAGUUCUUAGUGAGAGGCUGGCUCCACAAAGAAGUGAAGUCUGGGGGGAAGAGUACCUCGCUCAAGCUGAAGAAGCGCUGGUUUGUCCUCACCAACAACUCUCUAGACUACUACAAGUCCUCAGAGCGCAGCUCCUCCAAGCUGGGCACACUUGUCCUCAACAGCCUUUGCUCUGUGGUGCAGCCUGAUGAGAAGAUAUUCAAGGAGUCUGGUUACUGGAACAUCAUUGUCCAUGGACGCAAGCACUCUUAUCGCCUCUACACCAAGAUGCUGAACGAAGCCAUGAGAUGGGCCACAGCCAUACAGGGUGUGAUCGACAAUAAGGUGCCCAUUGAGACACCAACACAGCAGCUGAUCAGGGACAUAAAGGAGAAUAGUUUGAACUCAGACGCUGUAGAACAGACAUACAGAAGGAACCCUAUCCUCCGAUAUACCCAGCAUCCUCUGCAUUCCCCUCUACUUCCCCUUCCCUAUGGAGACAUUAACCUGAAUCUCCAAAAGGAGAAAGGCUACGCCAGUUUGCAGGAUGAGGCGGUGAAGAUGUUCAACUCACUGCAGGAAAUGGAGACUGUGUCGGACCCCGUGCCAAUUAUCCAGGGCAUCCUGCAGACUUGCCAGGAUCUGCGCCCACUGAGAGAUGAAGUCUACUGCCAACUCAUCAAGCAGACCAACCAUGUGCCCCAGCCUAACAGCGCAGCCAACCGCGCCCACUGGCACCUCCUCACCUGUAUGAGCUGCACCUUCCUGCCCAGUCGCGCCAUCCUGCGCUAUCUCAAGUUCCACCUGAAGAGGAUUAAGGAGCAGUUUGCAGGGACAGAAAUAGAGAAGUAUGCCACUUUCAUUGGCGAGUCCCUGAAGAAGACCAAGACACGAGAGUUUGUUCCCUCGCAAGAAGAGAUUGCAGCACUGCUCACCAGGCAAGAGAUGACAACCACUGUGUACUGCCAUGGAGGAGGCUCCUGCAAGAUCACUAUCAACUCCCAUACUACUGCUGGGGAAGUUGUGGAGAAACUGAUCCGAGGCCUGGCGAUGGAGGACAGCCGCAACAUGUUUGCCCUGUUUGAGCACAACAACACCACUGAUAGAGCAGUGGAGAGUCGUGUCAUCGUGGCCGAUGUACUGGCAAAGUUUGAGAGACUGGCGGGCACUGAGGAAGAGGAGGAGGAAGGACAGUGGAGGCUCUAUUUUAAACUCUACUGCUUCCUGGAUGUGGAGAGUGUUCCCAAGGAUGGCGUAGAGUUUGCAUUCAUGUUUGAGCAGGCCCAUGAAAGCCUGAUUAGUGGGCACUUCCCCGCUCCAGAAGAGACACUCCAGCACCUGGCUGCCCUGCGGCUUCAGUACCUGCAUGGGGACGUAGGCCGGUCGGGCUGGUGCCUGGACAACAUCUACCCAGUGGGUCGCCUGCGCAGCCGCAUCCUGCAGUCCACCAAGUGCAGUGGUGCGGUGGGCAGUGGUGCAGGCUCCAGUGGACACACCCUGGAGAGAAGGAGAACCAGCUUCCUGGAGGGAACCUUGCGGCGUAGCUUUAAGACAGGAACCAUGAAAAAGCAGCGCGUGGAAGAGGAACAGAUGCUGGAGAUGUGGGUGAAGGAAGAGCUGUCGGCCACCCGCGCCAGCGUGAUGGAGAAGUGGUCAAGGCUGCAGGGCUUGCAACAGCACCAGGCCAUGCUCAAGUACAUGGCCAUCAUCAUGGAAUGGCCAGGAUAUGGCUCCACACUCUUUGACGUGGAGUGUAAGGAAGGAGGUUUCCCCCAUGACCUGUGGCUGGGAGUGAGUGCAGAGAAUGUCUCGGUAUACAAGAGAGGAGAGCCCAAGCCUCUGGAGACAUUUCCCUACGAGCACAUUGUCUUCUUCGGUGCACCCCAGGCUAGCACCUACAAAAUUACUGUGGAUGAGAGGGAGAUGUUCUUUGAGACCCCACAGGUUGGGGAGAUCACCAAGAUCAUGAAAGCCUACAUUAACAUGAUCGUGAAGAAACGGUGCAGUGUGAAAUCUGUGUCUAGCCAAGGCAGCACCUGGAUUAGGUGAUCUUGCUGCCCAGUCAUCACCCAUCUUCACAACAGGAACACGUGCUCAGCAAUGAGCUGUUAGUGACCUGACAGGAGGAAGAGUGGACAUUCGGAAGCCAUAGGAGUGAUAACCUGCUGUUUUAGAUGACUACCAAAGUUCAAUGAGGGCAAACUGUUGUCCUGCCAGACAAAAGGACUCAAAUAAACAAUAACCCUGGAAAACUUCUGCCAUGGUAUUCAACUCAUCAGCAGAAGGCUAGCACAUUCUUGUAUAUGCUACAGUUAUUGCAAAGGAUUUGUUCGUUUUUAAUUCAGAUGGAGCACACUGAUUUUAUUAGUCCAUUCUCUGUUAAUGGCACCCUUCAAGAGACAAAACAAUCUUUGCUUGCUUUUACUUCUUUCUUGUUCUCACAUAUGCAAAUGCCUCUUCUACAAGUGAGUUUUCAAUGUCAACUCAUGUAUAGUAGCACAGUUUUGAAUAACGUUUUUUCCUCACAUAUGCAGGCUUGGAUGAAUUUCUAGUGGAAUUUCACGGUAAAGUUUAGUUUUUGUCCAAUCCAUACCAUGUGAUUAUACCUACGCUCCCUUCUCAGCACUGCAAAAUGACACAUUCUUAUGAAGGUCUCAUUCUGGAGGUCAUAUUUCCACUUCAAGGAUUUCUUGAUUCUGUCACAAAAUCCAAUCCAUACCAUGAACGAUUUUCAGUUCAGCAAGCCUGUUCUUGUGAGGAAACCAGAUUGUUUUGCAGCAGUUGUUGGAUCUGCGUCAGUUUUGCACAGAAUAUUUCUGUGACAGUGUUUCAAAUGUCACUUAAAAUUGUUUGUAUACUAUUUUCUACAGUAUACUAUGUAAGAAGCAGAACCCUACAUUUAUAUCAUAUUCAAUAUAAAUAAAUGAAUUUAGUAGGCUUCCACUUCAACGUCAAUAUCAAAAAUGAAAAAUAAAAAUGUCCCCUAGCUGUUUUAAGCUUUUUACCUCUCAUUCAGUUUUUAAGGUAUGGUUAAAUAG